AUGUCAACCAAUGCAGCGUCUGCCGUUGACAUCAUCGGCAGCGAUGGCGAGGCCCUGACCACGACGUCGGCUAUCGUAGCGGAGGCUGUGACCGGGUCGCAUGUGCUCCAGAUCAAAGGUUACUCUAGGACCAAGGGAGUCGGCAGCGGCAACUUCAUCAACUCGAGCACAUUCUGCUUGGGUGGCCACCAAUGGUUUAUCAGGUACUACCCUGAUGGUGAUUGUGUAGAAAAUGCCGAUUGGGUAUCCCUCUUUCUGCACCACAAUAAUACCAAUGAUGUGGAGUUCAAAGCUGGAUUGAAAUUCAGUGUUCUCGACCACACCGGUAAACCUGUGCCAAUGUUCAGCAAGAAAACCUCUACUACUUUCUCCCCCAAUCGUCGAUCCUGGGGUUUUGACAAAUUCGUUGGAAGAAAGGAACUGGAGCUGAGGGAAUCGUCUUAUCUGAAAGAUGAUUGCCUUAAAGUAAGUUGCGAUGUCAUCAUCUCUAAGGGCAUCAGCACAGAGCCCACCGUGCAGUUUGUCGCCGUGCCGCCAUCAAACAUGCAUAGGCAUUUUGGUUCCCUCCUCUCAGGCGCAGUUGGGGCCGACGUCUCAUUUGAGGUUGCCGGAGAGAUGUUUGCUGCACACAGGAGCGUGCUGGCGGCAAGGUCAUCAGUUUUCAUGGCCGAGCUGUUUGGCCACAUGAAGGAGAAGGCAAUGAAGUGUAUACAGAUACAAGACAUGGAAGCAAGGGUGUUCAAGGCUAUGCUCCACUUCAUCUACACUGACACCAUGCCUGAGAUUGACAAGGAGGAUGUGUUUGUGGUCACUCAGCAAUUACUUGUAGCAGCAGAUAGAUAUGAUCUAGAGAGGCUCAAACUGAUUUGCGAGGACAGGCUCUGCAUGUGCAUUGACACAAGCACCGUGGCGACGACAUUGGCAUUCGCUGAGCGGCAUGGCUGCCAUGGGCUCAAUAAUGCGUGUUACCAGUUGCUGAAGUCGCCUAGCAUUCUGGAGACAGUCAUGGCGACUGAGAGCUUUGAUCAUCUCAUGACUACUUGCCCAUCUCUUAUCAAGGAGCUGCUGGCCAAGAUAGCUACCUGUCCAUGA